GGCGCUGCCAUGUUGGAUUUGGGCGGAGGCCUCUUAUUGGAGUCUCGGCAAAGGUGCUAAUGGUCCCUCUGAAGAACGCUGGACAGAGACCGGGCGCGGUGGGGAGGUGACGCUGCUUCUGACUGCCCUUGCUCUAUUUCACUCGCGUCCUCAGAUUUCCGAGUUCUUCCAUGCCACAAGCCCUAGAGUUAGAUAGUGAGCCGAGGUGUGAAAGUGGGCAAGAGACCCUGGCUCAGCGGUGUGCUGCAGGGAUACAGAAUACAGCAGCAGCAGAGACAGGAAAUACAACAUGAUGGGCCUUCAUGACAAAGCCACCAUGACCCAGACUAGUUACAUGGGGAGAGACAAUACCUGAGGUCAUUCUGCAAGGAAAUACCUCCACAGGUUUUCGCAAGGUAUUUCAUUUCAUAUCACCUAAGAACCGGUUUCAACACACUGUAAAAAUGAACUUUACUGGUGUGCCUUUGGUGCCGCCUAUUUGUGUUACAAAAGGCAAUGACACCAAAAACUCCACGUGUUUACAAUUAUUUAAUGUAACCACCCGUUUUGAUGGGAAUGUGUUUAAUAACAUGGCACCCCCUCCUUAUACUGUUGUCUUUUUUCAAUUUUAUAAGGUUACUUACAUGGGCGUCUUGGGGUCACAGUGUGUUAAUGACAUGCCUAUCAGACGUCCAAAUAAUUCAAAGCCAUGCUAUCAUGUGACACCAAUUAGCAAGAGCUUAAGGUAUCCUCCUUGGUUAUCUUAUCAUACUUCAGAACGUCAUUGUGUUGUGUUACAAAAGAAUUUUACAUUACAAUCCUGGAACAAUUAUACCAGGGAGAAAAACAAUCAUACUUGGGCUUUUGGCGGGUUUCCAUUUCCUCAGUGGGUUUCCCUUCAUGACAGAGGGGUUGAAAAUCAAUUGUGGAAGGUGUGGGCAGCCUUAGGUCCCAUAAACAUCACGAAUUUUCAAGGGACUGUCCAUUAUAAUAUGACAAUGCGAACUUGUUUGACUGGUAAUCAUGCAUUUAUGUGGGGAAGAGCACAGAAUGUUAAUAUAAUGUCCAUGCAUUCAGGGGAAUACAAUGUCACUUGUAUUAACUGCAGGGUGUCUGAAUGUAUAGGAACCAAGAUUAGAGACCAAAUUAUUUUUGUUAUUACACAACAAAAGUUUGCCUUGGUGCCUGUGAAAAGCAAAGAUUGUUAUGAGUCACAUUCUGAUCGUAUUUUUGGAAUAAUAGACCAAAGUAAUCAAUUAGCAGUUGCUAGGAAAAAGAGAUGUAUUUCAUGUGUAGUAUUAGGAAUUGUUUCACUUAUAGCUAUCAUAACUGCUUCUGUAUCUUUAUCUCAAUCUGUAUCUAUCGCAAGAAAUGAAAUAGUUCAAGCUGAUUUUAUGAGUCAAUUAGCUCGCAAUGUAUCAAAGGGUUUUCAAACACAAGAGGAUAGAUGAUGAAUUUUACCAUAUACUUGAGGGAAUGAAGGAAACCAUUAUCGAAAUAGGUGAUGAAUUGGAUAUUUUAGAAUAUAGAACACAUUUGAAAUGUGAUUAUAGGUAUGAAUUCAUUUGCCUUACCAAUGUUAAAUGCAAUAAAUCCCAAUGGGAUUGGCAAAGAAUAUGUAGACAUCUAAAUGGGCUGUUUGGGAAUUCUACUAUUGUAGUGGAUAUUGACGACUUAUACAAAAUUGCUAAAGAUAUUGCAAGGGCGGCUGAUAAGGAUUUGAUGCCAGAUAAAACUGCCCAACGUAUACUUGAUUGGAUAGAUAAAAUCCAUAAUCCUUUUAAUAACCUUUGGCAUUGGUUUAUAUCUCUAUUGUCUUCUUUAUUGCCAUUAUAUUUGAUUUUGCUGGCCAUGCUGUGUUUUGGACCAUGUUUGCUCAGGUGCAUAGCUAAUCAGAUAAAGGA